AUGGUUCUCUUUGGUAAUUGGUUUCGUAAGAGCCAGCGGGAAGACUAUGAACAGGUGCUAGCCUUGCUGGCACUCGACAUCCAGAAACGACAAGAACGUCUCUCGGAGAUCCGUCUACGAGAGCGUCGCUCAACGCUCCUUUUCUCCAUCUAUGCUCUUUCCUCAUGGGUUGCCUACUUGAGCCUGUGGUACACCGACCUCGUUCCGACGCUUAGUAGUCAUGCGCGCUACUCCAAAUUUGAGAAGUCGGUGGAGGCAAUACCCGUGUUUGCAGGCCCUAUUGUAAUCUUAUUCAUUCGCCGCAUCGCUCAGAUAUGGUACACAAAGAUAGGAGACAAGGAAGAGAAACAUCUCGUUGCUCUCCGCAAGCAGCAGAAGGAGAAGAUUGCAGAGAUCAAGAAGAAGACCAACUAUGACACCACUCGGAACUUGAUCGAGCGCUAUGACGAUGCUCUCGACUCUCCUUUACGUCGAAGGGUUCCUGUCGGUGGCCAGCCGGUUACUCCUCAAGGCAAGAUGCCGGCACCUCAGCCACAAAGGCUCGCACCAACGCCAGCUCAAGUACCACCUUCUCUCCAGCAGCAGCUUUCUCCAAUGGCUCAGCAGCCCAUGCCUCCACCACGCAAGCACUGGUAUGAUAAGGUUGCGGACGCAAUCUUGGGGGACGACGACACUAUCACUGCUGCCUCCUCCCGGUAUGCCCUAAUAUGCCAGAAGUGUUUCGCCCAUAAUGGUCUCGUCAAGGAGAGUGCUUGGGAAGAAACCCGUGCGUGUUACGUCUUUCUACUCUCUUCUUACUCCCGCAGCUGUGACACACGGAGCUCUGACUCAUUCAUCGGCUCGUUAGAGUACACUUGCCCGAAGUGCGGCUACUUCAAUCCAGCGGCCAAAGCCCUUCGGCAGGCACGCACCGGCGGACGCCCAUCAGUAUCUCCACCGCGGCAACCUCAGUUCGGUCAGCCACUUGCCCCACCCCUUGAGCACCCUUCGAGCAUUGAGGAUGGGCCGAACCUGGAUCCCGAGGAGAAGGAGGGGAGUGAGGAAGAGCACACGGAUGUCGCCGCUACGUCAUCUUGA